AAGGGUGCAAGCGACAAAUCUCUCGGAGGGGUGAUGUUACUCGUUGCUGGUUUCGUGUUCACGUACUACACGACGUGGGCCAUCUUACUCCCCUUCUUUGAUGCAACCAGCCCUAUACACAACUAUUUUCCUGCACGGGAAUGGGCAAUACGGCUGCCAGCAUUUGUGCUCGUGGUUGGACUUUCGGGUAUUGGUUUGUUCGUUGGCUCCACGAUCAUGAAGGAAAAUAGAAAGAAGGCACAAAAAGCGAAACUCAGAGCAGCCUGACCCUCAGAGAUAUGCAUAUCCAUCGCCUCUCCUUUUGUCUACAUUUGCUCAGAUUCAUUAAUUUCCUGCAUCCUAGAAUCUAUUGUGAAUUGAUGUUGUAUGGGGGCCACGUAGGAAUCCGCGUGUCCCUUCUACGUUCCACGGGUCGCUGCACACUUUCCAACAGUCGCAACUUCUCUGCAUUCUCAACAUCCUGUUUUGCUUGAGCAAUGACCGCGCUCGACAGCAAUUCAGGUAAAGGUUCUCCAUCUAGAGCCCGGGACAACU